UCGUGCUGGUACCUAUUCUUCCAAUGAGCAGCUGACCUCCGAAACAGAAGUUUUUAUACAAUAUUGACAUUGACAGAUAAAUUGCCGAAGAGUCUGGUUAUGUUGUGAAGUUAAACAUUGAGAAAAAAUUUAAUGUUUUGGGUUAAAAUGAGUAUAUUUAAUAAAACUUACAAUUAAAGACUAUAGAAAAAGACUUUAGGCUGUUAUAAAAAAUUUAUUAAAAAUGCAGAAUAAUAAUAGAGAACGUGAAACGAAUCAUUCAAGCUCUUCUAGUCAUCCUCAUUCUACUGUAAUGAAUAUGAGGGAUAAAGAAAGAUAUAUUGAGGAUUUUAACUUUCCUUACUGCGAUUUAACUUUUAAAUACGAAAAAGUUGCCAAAAUAGGUCAAGGAACAUUCGGGGAAGUAUUUAAAGCUAGAGAUAAAAGCAACCCUAAGAAAUUUGUAGCUAUGAAGAAAGUUCUAAUGGAUAAUGAAAAAGAGGGGUUUCCUAUUACUGCUUUACGUGAAAUAAGAAUCCUCCAGCUUCUUAAACAUGAAAAUGUUGUAAAUCUCAUAGAAAUCUGCCGAACUCAAGCAUCACAGCACAAUAGAUAUAGAUCAACAUUUUACUUAGUUUUUGAUUUCUGCGAACAUGAUUUAGCUGGUUUAUUAUCAAAUGUUAAUGUUAAAUUCAGUUUAGGUGAGAUUAAAAAAGUAGUUCAACAACUAUUAAACGGACUUUACUAUAUCCAUAGCAAUAAAAUACUCCAUAGGGACAUGAAAGCAGCUAAUGUGUUAAUAACAAAAAAUGGCGUUUUAAAAUUAGCUGAUUUUGGGUUAGCAAGGGCUUUUAGUACUAAUAAAAAUGGCAUGCCAAAUAGGUUUACAAAUCGUGUUGUAACACUAUGGUAUAGACCACCGGAGUUGCUUCUAGGAGAAAGAAAUUAUGGUCCUCCUGUAGAUCUCUGGGGAGCUGGUUGUAUAAUGGCCGAAAUGUGGACUCGAUCCCCUAUUAUGCAAGGGAAUAGCGAACAACAGCAACUAACACUAAUUUCACAACUUUGUGGUUCAAUAACUCCGCUAGUUUGGCCCGGAGUUGAGAAUUUAGAGUUAUAUAAAAAAAUGGAACUACCACAGAAACAAAAGAGGAAAGUAAAAGAGCGUCUCACUCCUUACCUAAAAGAUCCGUAUGCUUGUGAUCUUUUGGACAAACUCCUGGUGUUAGAUCCAUCUAAGAGAGCCGAUUCAGACACCGCCCUUAAUCAUGACUUUUUCUGGACUGAUCCAAUGCCCUGUGAUUUAGGUAAAAUGUUGGCGAAUCAUACACAGAGUAUGUUUGAAUUUUUAGCACCACCAAGGAGGGCUACACAGAUGAGACAUCAUUCAAUGCCAAGGCCCACCAGUUCUGCUGUGCAAGACAGCGGCUAUCAAGACAGAGUUUUUUAAUAACCCAAUAAAUUUAUUCGUGAAAGCGGAUAAUUAUAUAACAAUGAGUGCAUAUUCGAAUUGAUCAAUGAUUUUUUUCCUGGUAAAUACAUUUGAAUUAAUUUUAUGUUUAGUUGUAUAUAAGGUCUUCCGAUGUUGAUAUGGAUUAACAACCGCAAGUUUUACUGUAAUUGGAUUUAUUUUUAAAAGACACACUUUUAUCUUUAUUCGUAGUAUUGAGCUCUUCCGAAAUGCAGAAAUCAUAUAAUUUUUCACAAACAUCAUCCGAAAGAAGCUUCCAUUGGCUGAUAUUUAAAAAUUUUCAUUGAAUUUUUUUCACAAUCUUCUUUUAUCCAAAAAAAAGAAUAUGUAGAAACGGUUUAUAUUAUUGAGCUCUUCCGAAAUGCAGAAAUUUAGUUGAUCACAUAAUUUUUCACCAUCAUAAUCCAAUAGAAGGUUCAUUUCUUCUUCUGGCUGACAUGUUAUACACUUUAUUAAAUAAGUCGAAACAACAUACCCAAAUAUAGAGGUACAAAUCUAAAAAAAAAAGACUAAAAACCAAAUUACAUUUAACUAGAUGUAAAAAGUACCAUGAUUUUUUAUAAAAAAAGUGAAAGUCUUAAUAAUAGACUUUUAUGGGUCCCAUUUAACCAGAUUUCACUGUAUUUUUAUUUCUAAUGAUUUAUGUGCAAUUUUAUUUUGCUGUAUUCAUUUGUAUGUUUACAAAUCUUCAUUAUGUAUCAGUACUUAUCAAAUUUUCUGCCUUGUAUUUAUUAGAAUGAUUCAAUUGUUGUAGAAUAUAAAUAAUCGAUAUUUUUACAAUAAUUUUUGUACAUAUUUUGUCUUAAUGUAAAUCACAUUUUUCGGUAAAAUUACUGAUAGAAAAAGUGAUAUUGUCAAAAAUUGUUAAUAUUUAAACAAGAAAAUAAAUUCGUUUUUAUAAAAAC